CACUUCCCGCCGCCACCGGCUCAGGCCGAUACAAACAAGGAACCCCGACCCAGGCCAGCCAAGUAAAAGGAAAGCCACCGAUCAAAUUAUCUAGCCAUCCUUCAAACCGCAAAAGGCGAGGAGAGAGUCAUGGAGGACAGAGACCACCAGAACCUCCCGGAAUCUGCGGAUGACUACGUCGCCGUCGCCGGCGAGGAGGAGGGAGAUGAAGACGGCCGCGGGUUCACUUUCCCCGCUCUGCCGUUCGCGGCGGAAGGGUGCAUCGUGCCCGUGUACCCCAUCUUCGGCCGGCCCCCGUCCCCCCCGGCGCCGGCGCCGGAGACGGCCACCGUGCGGCUGCCGCUGGGGCGGCUCCUGCUGGAGGAGCGGGACUUCCGUGCGAGGCAGAGGGACGCGGAGGAACGACCACCGCCGGCGCCGCCGGACGAAGUGGGCGGCGAGCUGGAGGGCGUGGCGCCGGAGAGCUACUGCCUCUGGGCGCCCGGGCAGUCCGCUCCGGCGUCCCCUCGGGUGUGCCGCAAGAGCGCCUCCACGGGGUCGGUCCUCCGGUGGCGCAGCAUCAGCGACCGCUUCGUGGGCCGGAGCCACAGCGACGGCAAGGAGAAAUUCGUGUUCUUCAGCGCUGGCUCAGGGUCUGGGCCUCCCAACCAGGACGAGAGCCGCCGGAAAGGGGACGGAGCUGUCAGCGCCGGUGACCGUGGACGAAGCUAUUACAGCAAAGGUGGUGGAGGAGCAGGAGGGGGAGGCGGCGGCGGCGCUGCUGGCCGGAGGAGAUCGUAUCUGCCGUACAAGCAAGAGCUUGUCGGGCUGUUCGCCAACGUCAGUGGGUUACGGCGGAGCUAUCCCCCGUUUUAAUGCGUUUCUUUCCUUUUUCUUCUUCUCUCUUGUCCGUACUGUCUUGUCUGUUUUCAUGUGCAUACUGGAUACUGUGUUUCCGUAGGGCUAGAAAUAUAUUUUGUGUGUUUAUAAAUUAGAAUGGUAUAGUAUUUGAAACGAA